AUGUCGUCUAAAUCAGCACUUAAAACCGCAGUGAGCGCUAUCCAAAAGCUUUAUCCUAUAGAAUUGGCUGAAAGAUCAUGGGAUAACGUGGGCUUAUUGGUUGAUUCCACCGUUGCCAGCACCUUCAGUGAGCUGACAUCAGCACCAAAACCUUUUAAGAUCCUUUUGGCUAUUGAUUUAACAAGGGCAGUCUGCAGAGAAGCGGUGCAAAAAAGAGUCAACUUGAUCCUUGCUUACCAUCCAUUCAUAUUCAGAGGUCUCAAGCAAAUUGGUCUGGAAAUCGAUCCACAACAGGUAUCAUUAGUUGAAAUUAUCAAAAAUAACAUUAAUGUCUAUUGCCCUCAUACUUCUGUCGAUGCUGUUAAAGGUGGUGUCAACGACUGGUUAGUCGAAAGUAUUGUGAAUGGUGAUAAAUCUCUAAUUAAAUCCAGUAAACCAAUUGAUCCUUCCGAUGGUGCUGAUAUGGAGGAAAAUGGUAUGGGGAGAUAUGUUGAAUUGAACCAACCAUUGAAAAUUUUUGAUAUUGUAUCUAGUAUCAAAAGUAGCUUGAACAUUCCUUAUCUUCAAUUGGCUAGCGCUCAAACACCAUCAUUGGAAAACCAUUCAGAUAUUCAGACUGUGGCUAUUUGUGCAGGAUCUGGAGGUGAGCUCUUUAAGAGAUAUUUGAACAAUCCAAGCACAUUACCAGAUUUGAUUUACACUGGGGAGCUAUCGCAUCAUGAAAUCUUGGCUUUCAAAGAAAGAGGUUGCAAUGUCAUUGUUUGUAACCAUUCAAACACCGAAAGAGGAUACUUGAAAACCAUUUCCAAGUUGUUGAAAGAAGAAUUGAGCUCCGACUACUCAAUCGAAAUCAGUUAUGCUGACAAAGAUCCUUUACAAGUUGUUUGA